AUGGUGGCGGUAGCGGCCGGUGUGGGCAGGUUGGAGGAAGAGGCCCUGCAGCGAAAGGAAAGGCUGAGGGCCCUUCAGGAGAAAACCGGACGCAAGGACAAGGAAGAGGGGAAACUCAAGGCCAAGCAGCCCAGAGAGGAUGAAGAAGGCGAGAAGCACAAGGAACUCAGGCUGUGGAACUAUGUCCCAGAGGAUGAGGACCUGAAGAGGAGGAGGGUACCCCAGGCCAAGCCAGUUGCAGUGGAAGAGAAGGUGUUGGAGCAAUUGGAGGCCGCCAAGCCAAAGCCCAUCAUAGAGGAAGUGGACCUGGCCAACCUCGCCCCCCGGAAGCCUGACUGGGACAUCAAAAGGGAUGUGGCCAAGAAGCUGGAGAAGCUGGAGAAGCUGGAGAAGCACACCCAGAGGCCCAUCGCCUAGCUCAUCCGUGAAAGGCUGAAAGGCCAGGAGGAUUGCCUAGCCUCUGCAGUGGGCGCCACCACCAAGCAAGAGGCCUGCGACUCUGACUGAGGCGUGGCCCAUACCAUCUGACAUCGGGCCUGUCCUGCAGGUGGCUGGACUGGCCUGUUCUGGGUUUGAGAUCAGCUCCUCACCUUCUCAGAACCCCCAUCACCCCAAGGAGACAGAGCUCUGUUGCAUGCCUGGGUCUGUACAUAUGGAUUUUUGGUCUUUUCUGUUUUGUGUAUUUUUUAUUUACUCUCUUGAAAUAGAGACCAGUAAAGGGCUGUGUGUAACCACAAGCUGUUCUCUACUGCUGGGCCCCAGCGUGCUGUGGGGAUAGGCUCCAGGACAGGGCAGAGGUGGUAUCUAAUGUGAGCCACCCCUGCCCUGGGCUGGUGCUGUUAAGGCUGGAAGCCAAGGGGGUUCAAGUCCCAGAUCAGUCUAUGGUUAGUGGCGAUCAUCUCAGAACCAGUGUGUGAUGAAGAAAGGAUCUGACAGUUCCCUGAAGAUCUGCCCCAGGCCCAGGCCAGGUAGUAGUCUGUGGGACCGCUGGAGAGCCCUGACUCCUAUGGGCCCCUCACCAUGUGAGAGGGGUCCCUGCGCAGGAGACUGGGCUGUCAUCUGCACCCUUGGUAGGUUGAUCCCAUGCCAGCUCUGUCACAGGUGCCUCUAACCAGCACACACCCUGAUGUUCCCUUCAGGGUCUGCCCCUGCACUAAGUCAUCGGAUGCGGCUGUGCCUGUGUCAUGCCGUAGAAGCACAGUGUCCUAGCACUGGUAGUCAGUGCCAAGGGACAGGAGUCACGGGCAUGGAGUGUGUGUACAGUCAGUCCACACCUCCCAGGAAGCAUUUGCUGUGUUGAGAAGAGACAGGAGCUUGGAGCUGUGAGGCCCCUGGCUCCUGCACAAGCAGCAACACAAGGCCAGGACUCCAACUCUAACUAAUGACAGUGACCAAACGUGCCCACAGCAGCCAGGAGAAGAGCUGACCUUCCAUGGCUGGGAAAAGAGGAUGGAGACUCCUGUGGGGAACAGGACGCUUGUGGCAGUGGAUAGGCUCGGGCAAACGGUGACUGGUACCCAAGCUUCUGGCAGCCCUAGCUCUGCUGCAGUGCAAACCCCAGAAGGGUUCAGAAAAGGGGUGACUUCUGCAUUUAAAACUGUGGCCCCUGGGCUGAAAAACCGCCCAGUUGGGAAAGAGGAAUACCACUACUACUGUAUGUGGUGGUCACACACAUAGAAAUGACACAGUGCAGGAGGUGGCCAGUGCCUUAGCGAGCAGCUAAGUGGGGGAAUUUAUAUCCAAGGAAACAGAAUUUCCCCAUCAUAACUCAAGAAAACUGUCAAGAAACCAUGGGAAUAAGAAAUAGGCAGCAGGAGGCAUGUUCAGUCUUGUGUUUGUGACCCCCCUGUGUGUUCCACGUUGAGGUACCUGGA